AUGAUUCAGUUGCUACCCACAAAUAAUUCAUCAAAUGAACUAUUUACUAAUAUUGAUCUAAAUCAGAAUAAUGAUUUCUCAUCGAUUUUAUUUAUACGAUCUAAUGGUAAUAAACAUUAUUUACCAGUGAAAUAUCCUAAUACAAUUUAUAAAUGGUAUGAAAAUAUAUUAAUACAUUUAGAAAAGAAUAAAUUUCUUCAAUGGACAUUAAUUACUAUAUCAGAUUAUGAAGAAUGCAUAGGUUUGAAAUUAAUUCAAUGGAAUAAUGAAUUGAUUACAUUAAUUAAGCAAAUAGCACCAAUUUUACAACAAAUUGAUUUAUCCUAUUUAAAAUUGAAUGGAAUCCCAUCAGAUUUGUUAUUACGAUUUUCUACACGUUUAUUCUCAUUAAAUCUUAGUUAUAAUCAAAUUGAAAUGAAUAUUUUCCAUGAAAUUAAAUCAGUCUAUUUAUGGUAUAAAAAACAGAAACAUAAUGAGAAUACAGUAAAACAAGAUUUAUGUUGGAUUCAAACUAUCAAUGAAAUAUACUUAGAUCAUAAUAAACUUGAAGAUCAAUUUCCCUAUGAAAUAUCUAAUUAUAUGAUUGGAUUACGAAGACUAUAUAUUCAAAACAAUGGGAUAACAAGUUUAAAAGGUUUAAAUGGUCUUACACAACUACAAGUGUUAAGAGCUGAUUUUAAUAAAAUUGCCAGUUUACAUGAUGAUUUCUUUUCAUUGAAAAAAAUUGAAUAUGUAUAUCUUUCACAUAACUAUAUUACACAACCGAUAUCUGGUACACGUUUAAAGUACUUAAACCAUCUAAAAGUGAUUGAUUUAUCAUACAAUGGUUUGUCUUUUUUACCUACUGUCAUAUUCAGUCUACCAUGUUUACAAACAUUAAAAGUUGAUCACAACAAUAUAUCAAAUUUGCCUACAUUAAGAUUAAAUUCUAGGAUUUCUAAAGAACCAAUACAACUGAUUGAUCUUUCACAUAAUCAAAUUAAUACAAUAUCUGAUGGUUUAGUUAAAAUAACGAAACAGUUAGAUUUAAGUAAAAACAAAUUACGAAUGUUUCCUGCUAGGUUACUUAAAAUGAUUGCAAAUAUGGCUCAAUUAAAAAAGAUAAAACCAUCAGAAAUUAUUAAACUUGAUUUAAAUGAUAAUCCAAUUAUAUGGCCACCAUAUAAUAUUAUUGAAUGUGGCAUCGAUGCAAUCAUUCAAUAUUUUAUAGAAUCAAGAACUGAAUUACAAUCAUAUUAUGGUAUUAAAAUAAUGUUAUUAGGUGAUAUAAAUUGUGGUAAAUCUAGUUUAGCUAUGAGUAUAGUAGAUAAACAAAUUCAUAUGACAGAAAGUAUAGAAGAAACCACUUAUAGUAUCGAAUCAUAUACUAUACAUUAUGAUGCCAUUGAAUUAACAUCAAAAUUAUAUACAAAUUCAAAAGAAAAUAAUAAUAAUAAUGAUAAUAAUCACAUGAAUUCACAAACACAAACUAAUCGACCAACAACAAUCACAAUAUGGGAUUGUUCUGGUUAUCUAAAUUAUAUACCAUUAAUAUCCUAUUUUACAUCAUUAUCAACCAUUUAUAUUAUUGUAGUGGAUAUAACAAAAUUAAAUUCUACAAUCUUAAUAGAUGAUAAUAUAAAAUUAAAGAAAUCAAAUAAUUAUUUUUAUCAGUCUGUUGCUAUAUGGUUAGAUCUUCUAUUAUAUCGUUUAAAUUAUCUUAAAUUAAUCUUGAUUGUUACUAAGUGUGAUCUUAUACAAUCCACAAUAGAAUUAAAUAAUAAAAUGAAUUAUUUAUAUAAACAAACAAUUAAUUAUAUAAAAUUUAAAAAAUAUUGGUUAAAAGAACAAAUUACACAGAUUGAAUCAUCAUUACAAAUAUCGAAAUCCAUGUUACUAUAUUAUGAACAAUUAAAUUAUAUUUAUAAUAAUUUAUAUACAUUUAUUUAUCCAAUUAUUCAAUCAUUUUCAUUCAAUGAUAUCAAUGAUAAAACAAUUUUUAAUUUCAAUCAAUUAUGUUUUAUAUCAUUUGAUUUAGCGAUUAAAACUCCAACUUAUAUACCAUAUUGUUUAACACCAUUACCACAUAUAUGGUCAGAUAUUGAAUUAUAUUUAAAUGAUAUUAAACAUGAUUAUAAUAAUAAUAAUGAAAUGAAUACAACUAUACUACUGAAAUCUUAUUUUUGUCAUUUAUUACAAAAUAAAUUUAAUUUAAAUGUAUUAAAUUUAAAACAAUUACUUAUUUAUUUAAAUAAUACAGGUAAAAUUAUAAUAUUAGACUCAUAUUCCAUUAACAAUAAUCAUAAUAAUAAUCAUAGUAAUGAAGGGCAAUCUUAUAAUGAUCAAAUGAAAUCCCUAAUUAAACCAUAUCCAAAAUUCUAUGUAUUAAUUAAUCCUGAUUUAUUUAUUGAAUCAUUUAAAUAUUUAUUAAAUCCUUAUUUAUAUUGUAUAAUGGAUUAUAUAAAACAUAAAAAUUCCAAUGAAACUAUUUAUUUACCUAAAACAUUUAUCAAAGAUUUACUAAAACAUUUUUAUACGAUUACAAAACAUGAUGCAAUGAAUCAAUUAAUCUAUAGUUGUAAUGAAUUAAAACGUGGUACUGGUAUUAUAAGCGCCUACUUAUGGAUUGCAUUAGUGGAAUAUAGUAAUCUUUAUAUUAUUAAAAAUAAUAUUGAAACCGGUAAAUCCUAUGUUGAAAUUAUAUGGAGAUGGUUAGAACUUGCUUAUCCAGUACCUGAACCAAAUUUAUUUAUAAAUUUUGAUUUUAAUUUAGACAAUAAUGUAUCAUUAAAUGGAUUGAAUUCAUCAACUUGGAAAUUUAAAUAUUUUCCAUCUCCCAGAGAAAUAGCUUUAUCAUGUGGAAUUAUAUGUAACACAGAGAGUCGAUCUCAAUCACCGGAUAGCCAACCAGAUACAGAGGAUAGUGCGAAUUCUGAUACGCGUCAGUCUCCAACUAAUAACCAGAUUCAAUCAUUACUGUGUCCAGAACGAUUACCUGCUUUGUGCUUUCCCUGCCUUAUCCCUUCAUCUUUUUGCAGCCCAACAGAUGAAAUGAGUAAUGAACUUUGGAAAACAGCUUGUCAAACCGGACCAAGACCAAUCAUAUUUGUGUAUAGAUUUUCUUAUGGUCUACCUCAAGAACUAUUUGAUAAGGCUACAGUACGGUUGAAUUGGCCCGAACUAUUCAAAUUUCGAUAUACAGCACAUUGGAAGACAGGAGUGCAAAUGUUUAACAGUUUAAAUCGGAUAAUACUCAGAUUUCUACUCGUAAAAUCAGCUAAUGAAGACAGUUUAAUCAAGUUUGAAUUUCGUGCUCUACCAGUAGCAACCACAAAUUCAGAUGACAUUGAAAUUAGAACUCAAAAUGAUGAUACAGCAGCUAAUAUAGAUGAGGAAAACAGUGAAAAGAACACUUUAGAUGAAACUACAACGUUUGAUGCCAGUAAAUCAUUGAAAGAUAAUAAUGAUAAGCAUCAGAAACAUAAACAGAAGCCUAAGUGGCAUAAAUGGCCUGUUUCAGAGGAAAAUCUCUGGAAUCUUAUGUUGCCCAUAUUGAAGGAAUUCGAUUCCAUAUUAUUAGCUUAUAAAGGUCUAUGUUGCAAGCGUGUUAUGGAGUGUCCAAAAUGUAAUGAGUUAACAUUGGCAGGUGAAUGGCUGACUCCAAGUGAAGUUCAGACAGUAAAAUACCGUAAAUGUCCAGCGUGCGCUCACAGGAUACCCAGUUGUCUUAUUGCACCACCAGAAACUGGAUUCAAAUAUAAACGUAAGAUCAAAUCAGAGAACAAAUCUAGAAAACGUAAUAAAUCACGUAAAUAA